UGGCCUACAUUACACUGUAUUUCUCAACACCCACCUGGGCGCCAAUCACAGUGAAGCUCGAAGUGCAAUAUGUCACAAUAGUCUCCAUCACGCCUUAAUGUAACAUAGGAAGCACCCAGUGAUUAUCCAUUGACAAUGGACAUGUAUUCGAGAUUGUGCUUCAUGUUGACACUGUUCAUUUUGGAAUCUGUACCACUGGUGCUAGGAAGUGAUACAGUCCCAGGUAAAGUCAGCAAUUUGAAAACGACAUUAGUGACAUCCUCGGCCAUUGGUCUGUCAUGGACGGCAUCAACAAGUAACAUCCCCUUCACAAACUACGUGAUCUUUAUAAUCAAGGAGGGCAAAUGUACACAAGCCGACUACAUCAGAUGCUCUCGAAAUCAUACACUUUAUACAAAUGGUCACUGCACCGACACCUACGCGGGUGCAACUGCAACAUUUGCUGCAUGUCAUGGUGACAUGUCUUACAACGUCACUGCGAAGCUGACGUCGUACACAGACUACGUUGUCGCUGUCGCGGCUGCUUACGAGGCCACCGUAGGGGAAAACUCCACCCUCACAGCGAAGACACAAAUUGGAAUUCCAGCACCACCGACCAACAUCCGCCUAACUGCUCAGAACCAGUCAGCCAUCUUGGUUGAAUGGGACAUUCCUUUGCACAAUGCCGGGCCUACGUGGUACAAUGUUACGGUUCUUGGUGCAAUAAACAGGACGUCUAGCAUCGCCAUUGUCCAACGUGAAUACAAAGUUGAAGGUUGGAAGAGCAGUUCCUACGAGGUGACGGACUUGCUGAGCAGUUGGAGGUACAUGGUCAGCAUCACGGCCAGCACCAACGCUGGAACAUCAGACAGAACAACAUCCCAACAUGUCAGAACGCUACCAAGCGCUCCUGGUGCCGUGCAGAACAUCCACGUGAAGUUUGUCCCAAGUCAAUACCUGGCCGCCAGACUCAUCUGGGAAUGUCCCGCCGAGAAGAUGAGGAAUGGGCGCAUCACAAGCUACACCAUCAUCUACACAGGCAAUGGGUCCAUGACGAUGACGGCAGGGAGCUACUACCCCGAGGACCCUUGCACCACCCCCCACACGGCGUAUCUCCCUGUCAUCCCAGAUGGGCAGUACACAGUCCAGGUAUGGGCCAAUGCUGAAUUUCAAGGAAACAAAUCAACAAUGAUUUUUGUGGCAGACCGUAAUAAAAUGUCCUACAUGCCAUCGGUUUCCAACAUAACUGUUUCGACAGCAGAUCCCCACAGCUUAAUAAUUGUAUCCUCCACAUGUGGUUCCAUAAUCGCCAUGCUAUUUGUUGCUGUCAUAGCUCUUGUUAUCACAAGAUCAAGAGGUGUUUCACAAGAAAAGCGACUAUAUAUGGAUCGUUAGGUUGACUGAACAUCAACUGGAAAUUUCUCAGAACAAACAAGAACGAAUAUCUACCUCAUUUGUAGAAGAAACAGAGUCAUAAUAAAGUUAUCUGGGACGA